CGUAAAAGGCAAAUGAUAUACGUGCGGCACGUGAGACUUGCAUUUGGACCAUUGUGACCCAUUAAACUUAGCAGUAAACAUUCAAAUAUAUUGAAAUGUUUAUUUUCAUAUCUUAUACACAUUACAUAUUACCAAGUCAUAGCGACAGGAUCGUUUGCAUUAUUUACAGUUCAGUUCAGUUUCUGGGAUGAUGGGAUCCCGGAAUAGGUUGGCCCACAUACAAAGUUGCCAAACCUGUUUAAAAAUGUGGAUAAACUAGUCGAGCUGACACACCACGAUCAGUGUAGUUUCAGAUACACAUAGCCAUUCACAAAGCGUCGCUACUGCUUUGCAUACGAUUUCGAAAAAAGAACUCAAGUCGCUGAGUGAAAUCAAGGAUUCGGCCAGAUGCCAGUCUAAACCUGUCGAGAUAUAGACAACAAGAGUCCGUGAGUUCAAUCAGAAACGCGUCUAUCACAUCAGGAUGGGUGCCUUCAAGUCUAAACAGUUUAAAAAGACUCCCCAGGUUCUCCUUAUGGGCUUGGAUUCGGCUGGGAAAUCUACUUUGCUGUACAGACAGCAGCGUGGUGUGGUGAUGGAGACCUCGCCUACUGUGGGCUUCAAUGUUGCGACUGUACAGCUGGACAAGAAGACCUCACUGUCCGUGUGGGACGUUGGGGGACAAGGAACCAUGAGGCCCAAUUGGAAAUACUACCUAGAGGGAUGUAAGGUCCUGGUUUUCGUGGUGGACAGCAGUGAUCGCUCCAGGAUGGGAGAAGCUCAGAAAGCCCUGAAGAAGAUUCUGAGUGAUGAGCAUUUGAAAGGAGUUCCCCUGAUGGUGCUGGCGAACAAAAAAGAUCUGCCAAACUCUCUGACUAUUAGAGAUGUGUCUAUAUUGCUGGAGCUGGAAAGCUGCACAGAUCGGGAGUGGGAGAUCCAAGCUUGCAGCGCCUUGAAGGGACUUGGUCUCCAACAAGCCUUUCUCUCUAUAGCUAAACUAAUGCAAAAAGCAUAAGUAAGAUACUAUCUAGGAAACUAGACAAUACAUUGAAUGCAGUUAUAACUUGACAGUCUCCUUUUAUCUAAGCAUAAACUUAAUAACAAGCAAAAUGAAGGAUUGAUCAUGGUACUAUCAUAGAAGAAUGUUGGAAAAUAAUUGACUGAUUGAACUACUGCACUUGUUUAUUGUUGUUAUAUGUGCUGUAAAUAUCAUGUUUAUGAUUUAUUUGUCUUCAUGUGCUGCACUUCUAGCAUGGGCACUGUAAUUGCUGCAAACAUCUUUUACCUUGUAAAUGAAUGCCAUGUUUCUGUGUGAAGGUUAAUUUGGCAACCAAAGUGAUUUUGAUGAGAAUCCUGUGAUGCAUACAUUUUUGAUAUUGGAAACUUUAUUAAAGAAAAUUUAUGGAAA